AUGGAGAGGAGAUCAACAAGAAUUUCAGAGCUAAGGCAGAAACAAGAACUGAGCAUUAUGUGGAGGUUGCUUAAUGCCACUGAGUCCUGCCAAGAUCAACCCUGCGGCAAGUCGAUUUCAAACCGGAGGCCCUCGAGCAAGCGAAUCACCGCUCGUCCGAGAAAGAUUGACCAGCUCACGAGCUUUGAUGCAGAAUGCCGAAGAAUUCGAAUUCGGAAUGAAGCAGAAUUGGGAAAUGUCAAGGCUGAUGAUGAAUAUAUGCCCUCUGAGACGUACGAGACCAUAUAUCAGAUAAUCGAACAGCAUCAAUGUGAAAAAGUCGAUCCUCAACUUAUCAACCUUCUCGUGAAGGCUCACAAUAGAGUGAAAGAGAAGAGCCGUAAAGCGCACCACUUAUCUUCGUGUUAUUUAAGUGAUGCGGCCAACUUAUUCCAUCAGCUUCUUCCAACUUCAUCUAAAAUGUCUUUAGAUAGUGUUACGUUAGCUGCAAUUUUAAGGACGGUCUGUGUUCAUAAUCACCGGGAAGAGAGUAUUCAUACAAGCGCAAAAGCUUUUGUUGAUCGGAUGUUUAUUCACAGAAAGCUCAUUUCGAAAGGCAUGGUAUACCCUCGGUCCAAGUCAUCGUCUAAUGCAUUUGAAAUUCCGGAUUCAGAUAAGGACCUGUUUGGGGGGCUCUUUCUGGAUACAGAAUCUCUCUUACAAAGGCCCUUCAAGAACUCUAAAUAUCCUCAAAUCGAAAAAAAUACGCUUAAGUCUGUUUUGGAUGGAAAAGAACUUGAGAGACUCGACUCAACUAGUAGUUCAGAAAAGCCCGGAAGUCUAUUUAUCGCGAGAAAUGGGAAAAUGGACACGAAUCCACAGUCAAAGUCUACCGAAACAAAUUUUGUAGAACAGCCUUCGGACAGAAUAGUAAUACUAAAGCCAGCACCUCAAAAAUCAGCAAAACAAUCGGAAUAUGUGAACUGCCAUUGCUCAUCGUUGCAGUCUCAAAAAAAGUUCGGAAAAUUUCCGGAGGCGAAACCGAAAUCCUUCUCUUUUAGAGAAAUGAAGAGGAAACUGAAGCAUGCGUUUGGUGGGACGAAAAAAGAAUCGAGCAAGAUUCAAAAUUUCGGGUCAAAAGGAAACUUGGACUUUCCUACUGAGGGAACUCUGCCUGGCCAACAAGAAUUUGAUGUAAUUUUGGAGGCAAAGAAGCACCUUUCUGCAAGACUCAAGAAAGUGAAUGCUACAGAGACUGUGACGGAUAAAAAAUCCCCCAAAACCCUGGGCCGGAUUCUGUCCUCGCCCGAGAGGGACUUUCGGGCCAUUGGCCCAAGGAGGGGCAGCCCACAUGAUUCUGACUUUGACCAGAUGAUCUUCAAUCCUUACAAUGGUUCAGCCAGAGUUGGUGAAAUCAUUUCAGAAAUGCCAAAGGGAAAACGAGGGGUUUGUUUAAGCCCAUCAAGACAUUACUCGGAGGUUACAUCAUGUGGUUUUGUUUUUGAAAACCGUAUCCUACAGAUAAUGGAUACAAAAACUGGUUUCUCUCCAACUCCAAGCACUGAUGACAACAGUUCUUCCAUUGAUGAUAUCAAUUCCAACGCCAACACCAUCAAACUCCAAGGUGAACAUCAGAGCCCGGUUUCAGUACUCGACCCGUUCUUCACAGAAGAUGCUAACAGUCCCCCAAGUACCACACUUCAAUCAGGGCAAUUUUCAGGACAUCAAUGCAAACCACGUCGUCUCGACUUUGACCAAUGCUCGUUUGACUCAUCCCGACACGACCCACCAAAUUCAUGCAUGCAAGAACAAGAUCACCUCUCCCAGUACGUACAUUCGGUAUUAGAAGCUUCUUGUUUAGACUGGGAUCAAUUAUCCGAAAUCGCAUCCCCACAUGAAGAGAUACUCGAUUCGUUCUUAUUUCAUGAAGUGGAGUUUUCCUCUGUCGACGGUUAUUUUGACCUGAAACUUCUUUUUGACCGCAUAAAUGAAAUAUUAGUAGAGAUAUACGAAUUUCAUUUUUGCUCUCCUUCUUGGCCAUCGUUCGUUAAGCCGAAAAUCAAACCCUGGCCACUGGCAGAGCUUGUUCAUGAUGAGGUCAUGAAAGGAGCCGAGUUUUUUCUGCUUCCGAGGACCGAGAGAAGGACAUUGGACCAGCUUGUCUCGAAAGAUGUGGCAAAAUGUGGAUCAUGGAUCGACAUUCGGGUUGAUACUGAAGAGCUCGUGAACGAGAUUUCGGAUGAGUGUGUGGAGGAAUGCACGCUGGAUGUUCUGCUGGAGUUUUAUACUUAG